AACAAACGGUGUUGGUGAAGAUUCGUUGCAAAAAUUAGCUAGGUAGGCACACGAAUUAAACAUAGUAGCACAGUGAAUGGCGUAUUAGCUAUAUUUUGGUAUCGUUUUAUCUUCCAUAGACGUGACUAAUUGAGUGUUAACCAAAACGGUAGGUUUGUGACGGAAAAGACAGAGUGGAAGCUAACGCCUCAAGUGAUCCAGCAAAGUGAAAUGUUCACAAUGGACUCCAAGAUACCGAAACCGUCGUUCCUCAGAAAACCGGCCGGCCCUAUGAGCUUACCCGGGAAUGCCCGGCUACCGUUGAGUAGAGAUUUGCUUAAUCUACCAUCCGCUAACUCGACCAUGUUCUCAAAGGUACGUGCAGCAUCACCGGAGCAGCGAAGCAAUGGUGUGCUAAACCGUGCCAAACUUCGCCGCAGCCGGUCGGCAACUGAUCUUAAUCGACCCGACUUCCAUCGGCCCAAAUAUGUGACCAACCUGGGGACGAUUCCAUCCCGAACGGUCAACAUCAGUGCGGCCACCAUCGCUAUGAUGGCCAGCAGUGAUUUGGUGAAAUCGGUGCACGGUGAUGGAUUCAAAAAUGGCCCCUCUCAACACCAUCAUCUUCGCCGGAGUCGUUCUGCCUGCGACAUUGCGAUGAAGUCCAACGUUUCGACGGCCUCAUCAACGACAACCUCGUCGUCCACCAGCGGACCGAAACCGUUGGCCGGAAUCAAACGACAACCGGUGGCAGCUGUUACAAUCUCGCGCAAUUACAAUGGGCCGGCAAAGGUGGCAAAGAUUGAUACGGCACGGGUUGGGGCAGUUGGUGUUGCAAGAAACGUAGCGCAGAAGCCGGCGGUUUCAGUCCCGCCCGCUGCAACAGCGAGAAAACCUAUGCAAUUGCCGAAAACUAUUGUUGGAACGAAUGCAGCCACUGGCUCUAAAACCGGAGGCCCAAAUGGAACUAAACCGAGCGGAACUGCUAAAACCAUGACGAAACGCAUCCCUCCGUACGACUACAAAGCACGUUUUGCUCAAUUGCAUGAGAAGCAUAAGGCGCUGCAGGCAAAGUACGAAAAGCUUACGGAAGACCACGCUAGCCGCGAAUCGCUCCAGGAACAGUAUCAGGAUUGCGUGAGCGAGCUAGAGGAGUUAAAAACCCAGUACCAGGCGGUGACAAGUGAAUUUAAAGCGACCAGCGAAGAAAAUCGCGAACUCAAGCUGACCAGCCAGAAGCUAUCGGCGGCGCUGCAGGACACGGAGGCGGAACUGGACAAGUACAAGGUAAAGUUUACCACCACCCACGAAGAAAACCGUGAGCUCAAGAAACAACUCCGCGAGCUCGAGGAGCGGUCAGCCUUCCUGGAGGAAGAGAACGUUACCCUUCAGUACACGAACCAGCGGAACGCGGAGCUGCUGUUUCAGGCCAACAUCGAGCGGAAAGAUUUGCACAAUAUGGUCAUGGAUUUGCGUGGCAAUAUUCGGGUGUUUUGCCGCGUGCGGCCCCCGCUCGCUUCGGAGUUGCAUAGGGUCGAGUGCGGCUGGAAGUAUCUGGACGAACAGUCGCUCGAGCUGGCGGCGAUGGAUGGCACCAACAAGCGGAUCGAUUUCAGCUUUGACCAUGUGUUUCAUCCGAGAACUACACAGCAAGACAUUUUUGACAACGUAUCGCCCCUAAUACAGUCGGCUCUGGAUGGGUACAAUGUGUGCAUUUUUGCCUAUGGUCAAACGGGAAGUGGUAAAACGUACACCAUGGACGGUGUGCCGGAGGAUCUGGGAGUAAUCCCUCGAACAGUGGACCUAAUCUUCAAUGCCAUUAACGACUACAAACGCUUCGGUUGGGAGUAUGAGAUUCGUGUAACCUUCCUUGAAAUUUACAACGAGAUCCUGUACGACCUGCUGGACACAUCCGGCACGACGAAGGACCUGGAGAUACGGAUGGCAAAUGCGAAAAACAAAACCGAAGUGUACGUGUCGAACAUCAUCGAAGAGACAGUCGAUUCGACCGGUCGGUUACACCAGCUGAUGGCGAUCGCAAAGAUGAACCGGGCCACGGCGGCCACCGCCGGCAAUGAGCGUUCCUCGCGUUCGCAUGCGGUCACGAAAAUCACGCUUAUCGGUACGCACCAGGACAAGGGUGAAACGUGUGUCGGUUCGGUGAAUCUGGUCGAUCUGGCAGGCUCGGAGAGUCCAAAGACGAGCACCCGGAUGGACGAGACGAAAAACAUCAACCGGUCGCUGAGCGAGCUGAGCAAUGUCAUCUUGGCGCUGGUGCAGCGCAACGAACACAUCCCCUACCGGAAUUCGAAGCUAACGCAUCUGCUGAUGCCGAGCCUGGGCGGUAACUCGAAGACGCUGAUGUUCGUCAACGUGGCCCCGUUCCAGGACUGCUUCACGGAGACGGUGAAAUCGUUGCGCUUCGCGUCCCAGGUGAACUCGUGCAAGAUGCAAAAGGUUCGAAAAAACAAAGUGCUGAACAGUUCUAGCGUCGUUUAGGAAGGGUUUAUUGUGUUAAUUUAUAGAGCAAACAUUUGAAUAACAAAGCUAAGCAUAUAUCUGAAUAUUUUUUUAAACAAAACGAGCGAAUCAUUAUAUACUAACAAAACAGCGAGCACGCGAGCAUGCCAAAACGAACGGACAUUUUAUUCGACUGCAAGACUUGACUGUCGCAAACAUUUUUCAGAGCAUUUAUCGUUAGGUCAAACGGCAAGCGUUAUAUAUCGAAUAAUAGA